AUGGCGGCAAUGGCGGCGCCGGUGUUGGGGAAGAAGACGCGGAAGCCGUACACGAUCACGAGGCCGCGGGAGAGGUGGUCCGGCGAGGAGCACGACCGCUUCCUCCACGCCCUGAUGCUGUUCGGCCGUGACUGGAAGAGGAUCGAAGGGUUCGUCGCCACCAAGACGGCCACCCAGAUACGCAGCCAUGCCCAGAAGCACUUCCUGAAGGCCCGCAAGUUCGGCCUCGCCGGUGGCCUCCCGCCGCCGCCGCUUCACCCUCGCCGCGCGGCGCUUCUCCCGGCCAAGGCCGUGACGGCGGACACAAUAUCUCCGUGGACGCCAUCGGCCAUCGCACCACCGCCGUGGCCUCCAGCCGGCGGCGCCCCGCCGUCGUCAGCGGUGCAGCGGAGCAUGUCCGACUGGUCGCCGGCGUGCUACGCGCCUGAAGACCCUUUCCGGCCAUUGAUCCACGCCGACGAUUGCUCAUUCAUCGAGGCGCCGAACUGCAGCGGGUCGGGCGAAGCAUGGAUCGCCGAUGCAGCCUUCUUGCCGGACGAAACAAUUCUGCUCCCAAUUUCUCCAGAUGAUCUGGGAUUCGCUCAGGUGUACAAGUUCGUCGGCGACUUGUUCGGCUCCGGCGAACCGCGGCCGGUGGAGGCGCAGCUGCGGAGGCUGCAGGCCAUGGAUCCUGCCAUCUCGGAGACGAUCUUGCUGGUGCUAAGGAAUCUCGAAGCUAAUCUUCUUUCUGGUUAAAGGGAAGCAUGGCUUCUUGUCAGAAACAGAGCGUCAGAGUGGCAUGGAGCAUCAAGCCACUUUUUUUUUUUCUGUCACUGUUGUUUGGAUUUUGUGAAUUGCAUUUGAUGAUAUAGACUGUGUACAUAUAGGGUUUAUCUUACUUUUGUAGAUGUGAUUUAGACAUUUAGUUUCAGCCUUAACGGCAUUUGAAUCAAGGCAAUCUCUGGACAUGAUGUGCACUCAA